AGUGGUAGAGUAGUUAGUGAUGGUCAGGAGGAAUGGGGAAAUAGGCAAGAGUGAAAUAGAAAUAGAUAGGGAGUGAGUGAGGGCCAGGGUAAUAUUCAAACAGAGUGAGAGGGAGGGUCAAGGAUGCUGUGACUGUCAAGAGUCAGGUCACAGAAAGUAUACCAGGACCAAUACACAAGCAAAUCUGGAGGAGUGGUUUCAGAAGCUGCCACUGGGCUGUUCAACUGGAAGCUGGCUGCACAUAGGAAGGUCUGUCCUGAACCUAGAACCAAAUGCUGGUGAAAUUAUUAUCAAAUGGAAAACGAAGCACCGAAUUUGCCUGUGGAGGUGAUCUCCUACAUUCUGCAUUUCCUGUCUAUGUCUGACAGGAAGGAAGCAUCUUUGGUGAGCAAAGCUUGGUACACUGCCUUUCUGGACCAAAGUCUCCAGAUACGGGGAUGCAGGAUUCAAAAGAUGGGAUUCCUCCAUGCGCCUGAUCUCAUUUUGGUACAAUGUAAUGGACAAUUGAAACACUGCUGCCCUCACCCAGUGGAUCAGAGCAAUGUUUUCUAUCACCUCCAAGGGACGUCUGAAUCUCUGGAGUUGAUCAGAUGCUUGCGGCGGAGACAGAGUCUCUGUGUGGCUCUGAGCAACUUCGAUGGCUCACCUACCUCAACAAUGGUUAUUCAGAACAUAGCUCUCCACCUGGCCCCCUGUCUGAAGAAUCUCUUGCUGCGAGACAGCAACAUCACUGAGAGCUCCUUCGUGGAUCUGGUCCCCUUGUGCCGCAGCCUGUGGGGGCUAGAUCUCAGCUGCUGCAACAGCCUUUUCAAGCCUGGCACCUUGAUGGAGAACGCAGAGAUCAAAGCCAGAACGACGGAAGCCCUGAUCGAUCUCCAGGAGCUGAAUCUCUCCAACCUGCGGUAUCUCUCCGACCUGACCUUCAAUCGGCUUACUGACUGCAAGCCCAAGCUCAGAAAGCUGGCUCUUGCUGGCUGCCCCAUCGUCUUUGAGUUAGAUCCUUACCGAGGAGUGAAAGUGUGCAAUUCCAUGUGCACGCUGUCGCUGAACAACAUCCUCUGCUUUAUAGACAGGCAGGCGGCCACGCUGAAGUGGCUAGAUUUUAGCCACACCAGUAUCACGAGCGAAGCUGUACAGUUGGUGGUGCAGGUGCCCGGGCUUCAGCUGGAGGGACUGGCGCUUCGACACUGUAAGGAUUUGACGGAUGGUGCAGUCUGUGCCAUCUGCUCUUGCCAGCCACGCCUCACCAGCCUGGACCUCACUGGUUGCUGCGAGCUGACUGACAAGUCUGUUUUGGCCGUGGCCAACCUACAGUUCCUGGAGCGCCUCUUCCUGGGCAAGGUCCGACUCGUGACUGACCGCGGGCUGAAGAACCUGUCCGCCAUCCCCACCCUGCAAGCCCUUGACUUGUCCGAGUGUUACCAGGUCAGUGGUCUUGAACUGGUCAAUGGACUCGCCUUGCCGUACGCCACACCGACUUUACUCAGUCUCAACUUCAGCUGCUGCACCAUGGUGAAAGACAGCUGCGUUUUCUCAAUGGGGGUGAUCCUGCGUGACAGCCUGCGGGAAUUGGACCUCACCUCCUGCGUGUACAUCACCGAUUUCAGCAUCUCCGUUAUCGUCAACUACCUGAACGGCCUGACAGUGCUACGGCUCAGCUGGUGUAAGGAGAUCACAGACCGGGGGCUUCUAGGAAUGAGCGUGGCCAAUGACAACUGUCAACUCAAUGAGAAGGAUGAGAAGGCCGAGAUCAUAACUGAGUCUGAUCUGAAGCCUUCCAAAGAGAGAGACGGAGCUUCACUGAGAGCACUGAUAUAUCUUAAGGAGCUCUGUUUGACUGCGUGUACGAAACUAACAGACGCCAGCAUAACCAAGGAAAUCCGCUUUCAGGAGUUGAAGACCUUGUCACUGAACAUGGUCCGCGAGAUAACGGACGAGAGCGUGGUCUCCAUUGCAGAGCAUUGCCGGAGCCUGGAAGGGCUAUCCCUCAGCCACUGUGGCCAACUGACUGACCAAGGGAUGAUCACUGCUGCAAACCACAUGAAGAGGCUCACUAACCUUGAAAUCUCCUGCUGCGAUAAGAUCACCAGCCAGGCACUAGAGGUCCUCAUGCAGGAAUGUCAGUGGCUGAGGAGUCUGGAUGUUUCCAUGUGUAGUGGGCUGACGAUCAGAGACAUCGAGCGGCUUCAGCUAGCUCACCCCAGACUCACCAGCGUCAAGGCCAAAUACCUGGAGGAGCAGACCAGUUCCUCCCUCUUGGAAUGAGGCUGGAUGGAUGAGUCAGAGAACACAGCUCUUUGUGCCUGUGCAGAUGAAAGCAGGCUUCGAAAUAUUGACAAGAGUACUGUGGUUCCCGGGGUUCAAUUUGAUAACGCCAACAUCUCAGGUGUCGCUGCAGGUUUUUCUUUGAACGUGCGUUGCUUGGGUUUGAUGAAGUUGAGAUGCAGAAAGGUGAGUGUGGAGCAUGCUGUGUGAACCUCGGAAAUUUUUUUCAGUCCUCAAGUUGUAUCCUGCAGUCAGGAACUGGACAUGCAUCAUUUUGUUUCCUUCCCCACCUGGGGCAGUACCACUUUCUGCAUCAGGAAUUCUUUAAUUUCUAAAUAGAAAGCACCUGAACUUCAUCCUUUCGUUCCUUCUGAUCGGAAGAAUGGUGAGUUGACUGGCUGGACUUUAAAGCUGGCACCUAUCGCUGUUUCCAGCAAAGAUAGCUGCUGUACCCUGCCACCCAUCGUCGUGCCUAGCACAGCAGGGAAAGUACAAAGGGAACGCCCAGGGCAGGUGUUUCUUUGAGCAAGUUCAGAAAUGUUUCUCUUUGCAAAACAGCCCCCAUGCUGUAUUAAACAUCACUAAGGAGGAACUGAUCAAAUCUUGAACAGAACUUUUAGCCGCACCUCCCUCCGCCUUGAUUUUUGUACCUGAAUUGCGAUGUGCAUAUCCACCCAGUCUUCCAUGCAGACUCACAUCAGACUGAACUGCAGAGGUAUUCUGUGCUGUACAGGCAGCUCUUCUUACUAAAAGCUGCCAAGCUCACGUCAAGAUUAAAGCAAAUUUCACAGCCUCACUCCCAGCCAGGGCUCAACUGCUAAAGAAAAUGGUGCGUAAGAUUAAAUUUGUAUCCUCCGAGGUGUUUGAUCUUUGCUGGCUUUGGAUGGUAUCUCUGUUUAAAACUCUAAACCUACUGAGUUGUUAGGGUGCAAGUUCCUCCAACUGCUUGGUAUUUGCCUCAGUACGGUGUAUGUUUGCUCUGCAGACCUGCCAGCGGCUAUGCUGACAGGACACAGUACUAAAGUUUUACCCUUACCUGUUACUUCAAGUUGAAAUUUAAAAAAAAAGUUCAAAUCCAACUAAAGGUUUGCUUCUGUUGUGUUCUUGAUGAGAAACUGAAUUUAAGUUUUAAGCUGCUUGACUGUGCCAAUGGGGCUGUUCUUGCUCAUGUGCUGUUUAAAAUAAAGCUUAUUUUCUGCAAUGUUUCAUUGUACCAUUUUGGCUUGGCUUAAGAAGAACGCUGUGCGACUGUGAAGCACCA